ACAUUAAAUCUGCUUUUGAGAUAUAGUUUUAGCUCUUUCUAUGCUUGUACAGCGCUGUUUCCUGAUAUUCUUAGUGUAACUUUUAUAAAUAGUUAUUAUUAAAACGUUUAAAUAAGUUUGUCAGUCUUCCUGGUAGUUCCUUUGCUCCUCACGCUACUAGAGUUUGAGGAAGAACGGGAGAGACGUUAGGUCUGGUUUCAACUGGUUUAACUCCCUGUGUGCGUGUGCGCGUGUGUUUACACUGGCGUUCAUAUAACGCUCUAGCAGCACGUGGAAAAGCAGACAUGUUCUGACGUAGCAACACCACAGCAGCAUGAAUCCGGUGCAGCAGUGACGAUAACGAUUUUACCGUCGGACCGUCACGAAACACAGUCAUGGCACUGUGUGGAGCCAAGAGGCCACGUUUCCUGGGGCCCAAUGUGUACCCAGAGGCCCCUGACGGCGGCUGGGGCUGGGCGGUGGCCGUGGCCUUCUUUCUGGUGGAGGUUUUUACUUAUGGCACCAUCAAGAGCUUCGGCAUCUUCCUCCAGGACCUGAUGACAGAGUUUGGUGAGACGAACAGUCGAGUCUCCUGGAUUGUUUCCAUCUGUGUCUUCGUCAUGACCUUCAACGCGCCUCUGUCGUCGGUCAUGACCAACCGAUUUGGGUUUCAGUUGGUCGUCAUGUUGGGAGGAAUUUUGAUAACUUCGGGUACCAUUGCCACCAGCUUCACCACCUCUAUCAACCAGAUGUACCUCACCUACGGACUAGUGGCAGGUCUAGGCUACUGCUUGACCUUCCUGCCCACUGUCACCAUCCUCUCCCAGUACUUCAGUCGCCGUCGGUCUUUGGUCACAGCUGUAGCUUCUACAGGAGAAUCUCUGUCCAUGUUUGCUCUGGCACCAGCCUUCUCUGCACUGAGGGAUCACAUCGGCUGGCGAAAAACUAUUGUGGUGAUUGGAGCGCUGCAGAGCACUAUCAUCAUCUGCGGAGCUCUGCUCAGACCCAUCAUCAUCAAAGACAGGAUUUCCCAAAAGAUGGAGUUAGAAAGUUUGUCCCCGAAGGAACACGAAGCUCUUAGUGCUCAGGGGAGUGAAGGUGUCCCAGUACCAGAGGGGUCAAUAACCAACACCAGCUCUCAGGCACAAGGCACUUCUUACAGUCUGGACAAUGAGCUGACCCAAGGCUGCGUCAGCACCGGAGACUUUGGUGUCCAGUCUCUGAAAGACACAGGAAGUGGCAGCACAGAGGACAAGGCUCUGCUGCAGAUACCUGAGGACAGUGGUGAAACCAAGUUGUCAGAAACUGAAAAUAUGGACAAAAAAAGGACAAAGGAUAAAUCAGAAGAAGCACGAAUGUCUCAGAAGGUUACCAAACUACUGGACUUCUCCAUCCUCAGGGAGUGUAACUUCAUCCUCUACUGCCUCUUCGGACUGUUUGCCACGCUGGGCUUCUUCGCUCCUCAGCUCUAUGUUGUGGAACUGAGCGUGAGUCGUGGAGUGGGGAGGGACCGCGCCGCCUACAUGCUGUCCACCAUGGCCGUGUCCGAAAUCCUUGGUCGCUUCUCCAUCGGCUGGGUUCUGACCAGGAAUCGACUCAGAAAACACAAGCUGUUGGUGAUUCUGGUGUGCGUGAUCAUCAUGACGGCGGAUCUGGUCGGGUUUACUCUGGUCAGGGAAUUCUACGGCCUGGCUGUUUGCUGCGCUGUGUACGGAUUCUUUAUGGGAACGCUGGCGUGCACGCACAUCCCUCUGCUGGCUGAGGACGACGUGGUCGGUAUUGACAAGAUGCCGUCAGCGGCUGGAGUCUAUGUGUUCAUACAGAGCUUUGCUGGAUUGGCUGGACCACCGCUAGGAGGUGUGCUGGUAGACAUGACCCAGAACUACGGCUCUGCAUUUUACUCUUGUGCCGCAGGCAUGGCUGUGAGUGCCUUUUUCCUUGGUUUGGUAAAACCAGCAAAGAAAGGUUUGCUCUGCAGAAAGAGGUUGAGCUCUGGACCUGCCCAAGACACAACAAACACUAAAAAAGAGGUGGAGUCAGAGGAACAGCAUAAAACAGACAAUACGAAGAGACCUCAGGAUCCAGCUUCUGUAGCAGAGACCAAUGUGGACCACACAGGAGCCUCAGGAGAUGAAGAAAAAGUCGUCCGUUUUGCCUAAAUUCCUUAAGGGAACUCCCAAGGCAUUAACAAAAUUCUAUCUUUCUAUCUAUAAAAAAGAUGACAUUCAGAAAAGGUCAAAUCAUAAAAGUUUUAAAAUGAAAAAAACAAAACAAAAAAACAAACACUGCUGUAACAAAGAUAUACAACAAAGACCUUGUCUAGAGCUCGACCAAUCAGGUUUUUUUUAACCUCACAGUAAUAUAUUAUAUGUGUAGUACUGUGCAAAAAUUAUAGGCAGUUUUUUUCUGUCAGUCAGCCAUGCUGUCCGUGCUUAUGUUGUUCAGAAUCAGCUUUCUUAACAUGAGCUACAAAUGCAUAGGCCCUAAAGAACAGAAUGACUGCCUAAAACUUUUGCACAUGCGGUAUUGUUAUCACUGGUUAAAAUAAGUGACUUGUCAACUCAGCUUUAAUCAUGGAAGCUAAUGGAUGAAUCACCUCAUUCUAUUUCCAUUUUCUCUGGGAUGUGUGCCUGCUUUAGACUUUAUACUAAGCUAAAUACAACUGUUUACAUAACUGAUCAUGACCAUGAAUGAUUAGCCUAACUACAGUGAAACAAACAAGCACACAAGAUAGUGGAUGAUCUGUUUACUGAACGUGAACUGCUGCUGAAUCUGUUGUCAGAAUAAUUAAAGAAGCUUUGUGUAAUAUUCCGGAGCUGUUACGUUACUUACGAGCUGUAAGUAAAGAAACACUUAUAUUUGUAA